AUGCGGGACAAGCCACCCACGACUACUACUCUGUGCGACACGAUUGCAGCGAUGGCUCCGACACCAGAGUCGCAUCGGGUUGCUCGCUCACCCAACAAGACCAUCGAGGAUCUUCCCGAGGAACUGCUUCUGGAAAUCGUCAGGUUGCUUGGCUGCAUGCCUGCCUGCGACUACCAUAAGUUCCUGCACGGUCUUUGCUUGGUCAAGCCUUUCAAUCCUGUGGCUACGCAGAUGCUCUACGGCGGACAGGUUCUACACGUUACCAAUCACCCCUUGUUGCGCACGGUGCUGGAAAAGCCAAAGUUGGCGGCGCUCAUACGGCGUGUUCACCUGACCAAGGAAUUCACUUCACGUCUACUUGAAUAUUACCAUGAUUCCGAGAAAGAAGAAACUAUGGCGGAUCUCGAGCAAGCAGAUCUGUUCCGCCGUGCGAUAGCGCGAUACUCAUCUUGCAUACGCCAAACAUGA